GGUGGAGGAAGAAAGGGUUUCUUAGGAUCAGAUGCCAACGGAGAGAGGUCUACUCUUUCCAUAUACCAUCUCAUCUCCUCUCCUAUCUUGCACAUAUCCCCCUCCCUCCUCCUUUUUCGAAUACGCUCUCUCGAUUCCCUCCUUUUGUGUUUCUUCUUCUUUGUCGAACCCUGUCUCACUUUUUUCUGGCAUUGCGAGUUCCUGCGAUACAACUUAGCCUUUACUCCCCAACCAAACCACCACAAUGCCGUCCGCCUUCACCCUCACCAAAGACCAGGAUGCCAACUACAAGCAGCUGGCCUCCCCCCCACCAGGCCUGAAGCCCUACUCCGUCGCCAUCCCCGGCACCGCCGUCGAAGGCCGCAGCGCCGUGUACCGGCACUGGCGCUUCCAAAACGGCCCCCUCUUCUCGACCAUCGACCCGUCGCUCCACACCGCGCACGACGUCUUCGAGGCCUCGGCCAAGAAGUACGGCAGCCGCAACUGUCUGGGGCAGCGCGGCUACGACGCCGCAAAGAAGACGUGGGGCAAGUAUACGUGGGAGACGUACGCGCAGGUUGCCGAGAGGCGUCGCAACUUCGGCGCUGGGGUUGUCGAGCUGCACAAGGGAGUUGGGAUUACGGGGGACAGGUAUGGUGUUGGGCUGUGGUGCCAAAACAGGCCGGAGUGGCAGAUUGCGGAUCUGGGGUGCAUGUCGCAGUCCCUCUUCACCGUGUCGAUCUACGAUACCCUCGGACCGGAGACGACGGAGUAUAUCAUCAACCAUGCCGGUCUGGCCUGCGUGGUUACCAGCUUGCCGCAUAUCCCGCUGCUGCUGAAGCUCGCGCCGAGAGUGCCGUCCAUGAAGCUGAUUAUCUGCCUGGACCCGCUCACUGGUUCGGAGAAGCCGGGUAACUCCAUGGGCGAGCUGCUCAACACCCUCGGGAAGGAGGUCGGUGUUGCUAUCCACUACAUCCGCGAUGUCGAGGAGCUUGGUGCCAAGUCAUCUAUCCCGAUGAACCCACCCAAGCCUGACGAUAUCAUCACCAUCAACUACACCUCCGGCACGACCGGCAACCCUAAGGGUGUCGUCCUCACCCAGGCUAACGCCCUGGCCGCCGUCUCGACCGGCAGGUUCGUGUCUCACGGCACUCCCAAGGACGUCGUCAUGUCCUACCUCCCGCUCGCGCACAUCUACGAGCGCGUCACCGAGGGCGGUGCCCUGCUCUGCGGCUCUUCUAUCGGGUACUUCCGCGGCGACAUCCUCGGCCUGGUUGACGACAUGAAAGUGCUCAAGCCCACUGGCUUCGUGUCCGUGCCUCGCCUGUACAACCGCUUCGGUGGUGCUAUCCGCUCUCAGGCUCUCGAGGCUGAGGGUCUCAAGGGCGUCAUGGGCCGCCACGUCGUUAAUACUAAGCUGGCGAAUCUGCGCAAGCCCGAGGGCGAGGCUACCGUCUUCCACGCCGUCUACGAUCGCCUGUACACCCCCAAGCUGCGCUCGGCUUUCGGUCUGCAGAACUCCAACCGCAUGGUCUCUGGUUCCGCGCCUAUCGACCCCCAGCUCCACACGCUCCUGCGCGCGGCGUUCGGAAACCCAAUCAAGCAGGGUUACGGCAUGACGGAGACAUACGCCAUCGGCUCGUGCCAGGAUGACUCCGACACCUCGACCGGCAACUCCGGCGGUGUCCUCCCCUCCGUGGAAGUCUGCCUCUCCUCCGUCCCCGACAUGGAGUACCUCGUGACUGACAAGCCCAACCCCCGCGGCGAGCUCCUCGUCAAGACCACCGCCCUCUUCCGCGAGUACUACCGCGACCCCGCCGAGACGGCCAAGGCCAUGACCUCGGACGGCUGGUUCAAGACCGGCGACAUCGCCGAGAUCGACAGCCGCGGCCGCAUCAAGAUCGUCGACCGCGUCAAGAACCUCCUCAAGCUCGCACAGGGCGAGUACGUCUCCCCCGAGCGCCUCGAGAACGUGUAUCUCGCCAACACGAACCUGGCCAACAUCGCGUUCGUGCAUGGUGAUAGCACCGAGGCGUUCUUGGUGUCGGUGUUCAGCGUGGAUCCGGUGGCGUUUGCGCCGUUCGCGGGAGCAAUCUUGAAGAAGACUAUUGAUCCGCUUGAUGCGGAUGCGGUCAGGGAGGCGUGUAAGGAUCAGAGGGUUAAUAAGGCGUUCUUGGCCGAGCUGGAGAAGAUUGGGAAGAAGGCGAAGUUUAAUAACUGGGAGAGGGUUAGGAAGGUGCAUUUGGCGCUUGAGCCGUUCUCGAUUGAUAAUGAGACUUUGACGCCUACUCUUAAGAUGAAGAGACCGAAGGCUGUCAAGAUGUUCAGGGAUGAGCUGGACAGGAUGUACGCCGAGGCCCUGGAGGAGGAGAAGUCCAAGAGCAAGCCGAGAUUGUAGAGCUGCAGCUCAUGUGGAGGUUCUUCAGAAGGAGGGGUUGUAAAUUGGAAGGGUGCUGGUACAUACUAUUGCUUGUAGGCGCGCGUGCUGGCGAUCUUGAUGCAUAGAGACGAGCUGUACAUUGAUGCCAUUUUGUUAGAUUAGAACGUUAUUCUGCUAUAUAUUGUACAGAAGAUGAGGUAUAUACCUG